UCCGCGCGCGCACACAACCUGACGAGAAAGAGCAACCGAGCUGAGAAACUUCAUACCAAAAGCUUGGACAUCACCACUGUUAUGAUGGAGAACUCCAAACUAAGUCAAAGAGAAAGUGAAGCCUCAUCGAGCAACGAUACGGCCCUAAAUGGAAUCUUGGACGGGAUGGAGAAGAUGCCCAAGUGGAACGGAGCAGCCAAAGAGACGUCCAAAGGUGAGAAACCCACCAGCAAGGGCAUCACCCGAGCUCCAUGUUCGUCUGUGAUGGAGAGCUGGAAGGAAGAGCGGACCCGGAGCGUGGAGGAUAACGAGAUGAGCCUACCGAGCAUCAUCGCCGCUUACACCACCAUCCUCAGGGGUCUGGGAGAAGAUCCGCAGAGACAAGGCCUGCUAAAGACGCCGCACCGGGCGGCCACGGCCAUGCAGUUCUUCACAAAGGGUUAUCAGGAGAAAAUCAUAGAUGUUCUGAACGAUGCAAUUUUCGAUGAAGACCACGAUGAGAUGGUGAUUGUGAAGGACAUCGACAUGUUCUCCAUGUGUGAGCACCACCUCGUCCCCAUCUUCGGCAAAGUCCACAUCGGCUACCUGCCGAAUAAGAGGGUGCUCGGACUCAGCAAACUGGCAAGGAUCGUCGAAAUCUACAGCAGAAGAUUGCAAGUUCAGGAACGCCUCACCAAACAGAUCGCCGUCGCCAUCACUGAAGCUCUACAGCCCGCUGGAGUCGGAGUGGUUGUCGAGGCAACUCACAUGUGCAUGGUGAUGCGAGGUGUGCAGAAGAUGAACAGUAAAACGGUGACGAGCACCAUGCUGGGCGUUUUCCGCGAGGACCCCAAAACCAGAGACGAGUUCCUCACGUUGAUCCGGAGCUGAGACGAACCAUGUGUAUAGAUCAGACAUCCUUCUUCGACAUGUCCAUCCCUCAGCAUCGUGUUGUUUGUACAUUGGCCUCUAAGUGAGGCUGUGCUGCUGUUGAGUGUAUUCUACACAGAGGCGGAUAUGGGAGAGACCUCUGUUAAACCAUCUAUCCUAGUGUUUUUGUGUGUGUGUGUGUGUGUGUGUGUGCGUGUGCGCGCGCGUUCAAAUCAUUCAUAGGUCCGUGGAUUCAAAUUCUAUUACAGCCAACAGUUUUUUUAUUGUCGUAUCAUGUUUAGAUAAACUAGAUCAAACAUUUUAACCACAUAUUUUUAUUCAUUUAUAAGAUCCAUUUAUCCAAAACCACUUAGGAACAAUAUAGUUCAAGCACCCAAAUAAGCCAGUGAGGAAUACAAAUGUCACCCAACGUCCCAAAACCGACUUCCACAGCAACCGCUGCCGUAUUUUUAUCAAAGCAUUUGUGACCUGACUCGCAUUAAAGCUGCAAUAUAUAACUUUAUUUUCUGGGAAAAAAGCAAAUUAAUCAAUUAUUGUAGAAAAAGAAUGUCUUUAAAAAAAUAUUACUAUACUGUGUAUAUAAUCUAUUUUAAUGUUUAAUUCAGACAAUAGUGAUGUAUUAAGUAACCGUCCUCUUUGUUUUUAAUUAUAGUGGUAAUAAUAAUAAUAAUAAUAAUAAUAAACAGAAGAAUCAAAGUCAUAAAAUAAAGGACGUCAUGAAAUACAGAAAAAGCCUAGAGAACAUGCACAAGACAUUCUGAUUGGCUUAAACUGAUAGGGAUAAGACAUUCUGAUUGGUUUAAACUGAUAGGGAUAAGACAUUCUGAUUGGCUUAAACUGAUAGGGAUAAGACAUUCUGAUUGGCUUAAACCGAUAGGGAUAAGACAUUCUGAUUGGUUUAAACCGAUAGGGAUAAGACAUUCUGAUUGGUUUAAACCGAUAGGGAUAAGACAUUCUGAUUGGUUUAAACCGAUAGGGAUAAGACAUUCUGAUUGGUUUAAACCGAUAGGGAUAAGACAUUCUGAUUGGUUUAAACCGAUAGGGAUAAGACAUUCUGAUUGGUUUAAACCGAUAGGGAUAAGACAUUCUGAUUGGUUUAAACCGAUAGGGAUAAGACAUUCUGAUUGGUUUAAACCGAUAGGGAUAAGACAUUCUGAUUGGUUUAAACCGAUAGGGAUAAGACAUUCUGAUUGGUUUAAACCGAUAGGGAUAAGACAUUCUGAUUGGUUUAAACCGAUAGGGAUAAGACAUUCUGAUUGGUUUAAACCGAUAGGGAUAAGACAUUCUGAUUGGUUUAAACCGAUAGGGAUAAGACAUUCUGAUUGGUUUAAACCGAUAGGGAUAAGACAUUCUGAUUGGUUUAAACCGAUAGGGAUAAGACAUUCUGAUUGGUUUAAACCGAUAGGGAUAAGACAUUCUGAUUGGUUUAAACCGAUAGGGAUAAGACAUUCUGAUUGGUUUAAACCGAUAGGGAUAAGACAUUCUGAUUGGCCUAAACUGAUAGGGAUAAGACAUUCUAAUUGGCCUAAACCGAUAGGGAUAAGACAUUCUGAUUGGCUUAAACUGAUGGCCUGAAAAAAUAAACAUAUUUGAAUCCGAUCUUAAACAUGCAAAUUGUUUCUGCAGUUCAACCAUUUUCAGUUUCCUUUGUAAUCCCAGGUCAGAGUACAGUAUUGAAACCAUGGUGUCAUUUUUGUCACGUGUCCGUGAGUAAGGUGUGUAGUUCGAUCAUCACCCAGUCUGUAUUAACUCUGUAAUUUGUAACUGAUGAACCACACUGCUAAAGAGCCACAUAGUUGUGUACUUUGUGUAAUAGUGUUACUUGAGCCUCCUACACAUGCUGUAUCGAAGGCCAUCAGUGUUUGUCCUGCCUCUAGUACAGCGAUCGUCUUCUUUCUUUUUUCCUCUGUUCAAUAAGGACCAAAGUGUGAAGUUUAAUAUAAAAAUGAAACGAUCUCAGCUCUGAUGUGUUUGUCCGCAUCACAGCAUCAUUGAUCCAAGAAAAUGUAGAUUGAAACCAUAGGCUCAAAGAAUACAGAUUACUACUUGAAUAUUUCUAGACAUAUAAAGUGUAACAUAUAGUGAAAUUUUAUACUGUGUUGUCAUCAGAACACAGGUUCAGAUGAUAUAUUAGAGUAGUUUGAUUUGGAACGUACCACCUCCAAGUCAUUCUUUUGUGUUUAAAUGAUCUAUUCAGAAGAAUGGAUACAUAAUGGUUGAUAUACGUGUGUGUUUGUGUGCACGCGCGUGUGUGUGUUUUACGUAAAUGUAAGCGAGAAAGCGAGCACUUAACAUUAGCGCUCCAGUAUUGUUCACGUGGCCUUCUUCACCAGGACUCAGUCCUGUAUACACAUCAGUGUUCAUUUACAGCAAAACGAUGUUAAGUUAAUAAGAAAAUAAAUUAAGUUUCAAAAUC